GAGCAGGUUGACAGGGAGCCUGGUGUGCGCCGUGCGGCCGCGUGUGACCCGAAUGCACCCGCGAGGGGACCGGCAGGUGCCACUCCUGGGCCACCUCUCCGCCCACCGCCCGCGCCGCCGCCCUCUCUGUGCGUUUGCAGUGCGGAUGUGUGAGGCGUGCUCUGCAGCAGUGGGACUGCAGUCCCCAAGUCUGGGGAGUCACUGAACACACAGUUACCAGUGUCCUUGAAUCGUUAGCAUCUGCUCAUCAGUCUCACAUCAGACAACAGCUGGUCAGGAGUAAACUGCAGCAGAGUGGGAGCCACGCCAUGUUCUGCACGAAACUCAAGGACCUCAAGAUCACAGGGGAGUGUCCUUUCUCCUUACUGGCCCCAGAUCAGGUUCCUAAAGAGUCAACAGAGGACGUGGCAGGAGGCUCUAAGAGCUGCAAGGACACCCUGUCCAUCUGCCAGGACGCUCCUGAGAAGAAUGAACAAGGCAGUGUUCCCCGAAGGAAGACCAGUCGCAACCGCGUCUAUCUGCACACUCUGGCAGAGAGCAUUUGCAAACUCAUCUUCCCAGAGUGUGAACGACUGAACCUUGCACUUCAGAGAACAUUAGCAAAACAUAAAAUAAAAGAAAACAGGAUAUCUCUGGAAAGAGAAGACCUCGAAAAAAUAAUUGCAGACCAAGCAAUUGCAGCAGGAGUUCCAGUGGAGGUGGUCAAAGGCUCUUUGGGUGAGGAGCUGUUCAAGAUCUGUUAUGAGGAAGAUGAGCGCAUCCUGGGCGUGGUUGGUGGCACUCUGAAGGACUUCCUAAACAGCUUCAGCACGCUGCUUAAGCAAAGCAGCCACUGUCAAGAGGCUGAGAAGAGGGGCCGGCUGGAAGACGCCUCCAUCCUGUGCCUGGACAAGGACCACGACUUCCUAAAUGUUUACUACUUUUUCCCCAAGAGAACCACAGCCCUGCUCCUCCCUGGGAUCAUCAAGGCAGCCGCUCGAAUAUUGUACGAAAGCCACGUGGAGGUGUCUUUGAUGCCUCCCUGCUUCCGCAGUGAUUGCACUGAAUUCGUGAACCAGCCCUAUUUGCUCUAUUCGGUCCAUGUGAAAAGUACCAAGCCUUCGCUGUCCCCAGGCAAGCCCCAGUCCUCACUGGUGAUCCCCGUUUCGCUCUUCUGCAAGACCUUUCCAUUUCACUUCAUGCUCGACCGCGACCUGACCAUCCUGCAGUUGGGCAACGGCAUUAGAAGGCUGGUGAACAAGAGGGACUUCCAAGGGAAGCCCAACUUCGAAGAGUACUUUGAAAUCCUGACUCCAAAAAUUAACCAAACUUUUAGCGGGAUCAUGACAAUGCUGAAUAUGCAGUUUGUCAUACGAGUGCGGAGAUGGGACAACUCUGUGAAGAAAUCUUCAAGGGUUAUGGACCUCAAAGGUCAAAUGAUCUAUAUUGUUGAAUCCAGUGCGAUCUUGUUCCUGGGGUCACCGUGUGUGGACAGACUGGAAGAUUUUACGGGACGAGGGCUCUAUCUCUCUGACAUCCCAAUUCAUAACGCUCUGAGGGAUGUGGUGUUGAUAGGGGAACAAGCGAGGGCUCAGGAUGGCUUGAAGAAGAGGCUGGGGAAGCUGAAGGCCACCUUGGAGCAUGCCCACCAAGCCCUGGAGGAGGAGAAGAAGAAGACAGUAGAUCUUCUGUGCUCCAUCUUUCCCUCUGAGGUUGCUCAGCAGCUGUGGCAAGGACAGAUGGUACAAGCCAAGAAGUUCAGUAAUGUCACCAUGCUUUUCUCCGACAUCGUGGGGUUCACUGCCAUCUGCUCCCAGUGCUCACCUCUGCAGGUCAUCACCAUGCUCAAUGCACUCUACACACGCUUUGACCAGCAGUGUGGAGAACUGGAUGUCUACAAGGUGGAGACCAUUGGAGAUGCAUACUGUGUUGCAGGGGGUUUACACAGAGAAAGUGACACCCAUGCUGCCCAGAUAGCGCUGAUGGCCCUGAAGAUGAUGGAGCUCUCCAAUGAGGUCAUGUCUCCCCACGGAGAACCUAUCAAGAUGCGAAUUGGACUGCAUUCUGGGUCAGUUUUUGCUGGAGUUGUUGGAGUUAAAAUGCCCCGAUACUGUCUGUUCGGAAACAACGUUACCCUGGCUAACAAAUUUGAGUCCUGCAGUGUGCCACGGAAAAUCAAUGUCAGCCCUACAACUUACAGAUUACUCAAAGACUGUCCUGGGUUUGUGUUUACCCCGCGAUCAAGGGAAGAGCUUCCACCAAACUUCCCCAGUGAAAUUCCUGGAAUCUGUCAUUUUCUGGAUGCUUACCAACAGCAAGGAACAAAUUCCAAACCAUGGUUCCGAAAGAAAGAUGUGGAAGAUGGCAGCGCCAACUUUUUAGGCAAAGCUUCAGGAAUAGAUUAGUGAACCACGUGCCUAUGUGGUUUCUUUGGAUUUGACCCUUUAGUGAUGUAUAGAGCCUCUGAAACACUUUAGGGUUCCGGGAAAAGCAGUAUGAAAAUUUCAGAGGAUAAGACCCAGUCUACUCUCUCUCUCAUUUAACAUGAUAAAAACGUAUUCACUUCAGCACUUCAACUUUCUUCUGUUUAAGAAACAAACAAACCUCAAAAGUGACUUUUGGGGGCAUAUUUGUAUUCUAUAACAAUCACUACCUGAAUUCAAAAUCCAGCACAUUGUACACAUAGCAGGCAAUUUUAGUCAAGGUCAGCUGUUCAAAGUGAUGGAGUCACUUGUAGCCAGUGUCUGUUGUUAUUAAGUAUGUGUGUGACAGUCACCUUUAAAAAAUUUCGAAUAGAAAAGACAGUGCUUAAUAUCGCAAGAGCUUUUGACCCUUUAGCUCUGCAUUUGAUUAUAUUUCCUUACUUAACUGGUAGUGUAUAAAACAAAAUAGGCUGGUAGCUUUUAUCAGUUGCAUCUUUUUGUUUCUGUCUUCUGUUUUAGGAAAUAAGCAAUUAGAGAUUAGAUAAAAUAUGGCAUAAAAUAGUUCUGUAAAUAUCAAAGAAUAUUUUCAAGUUUUGAAACUAAAAAUAUUCUCUGUAGCACAAUGCAUCACACACAAAAAAAACUUUUAUAUUAUUUUGAUUAUAUA